AUGGGUAUUUCAGAGGCAUUCAAAUCUGUUGAGUUUACGCUUCCAAGUCUGGACAUCUUCAAGAUACCCCCUAGACCACUCAUACGAACUCCUCUCAUAUCUUUUAAUACUCCCCUGGAAAGGUUCUUUCGUCCGCUCCAGGUCAACCCGAGAUUCUUCGACUUGUCACUGAAUCCCGAAUUCGUUUUCACGUUUGUGGCAGUAUAUGUCACUGUUGUUGUUCUUUUGAAUCAAUUCAAUGCUGGUCGUCAAUACAGACCAUGGGCUUUGACCAAGACUUCUACAUUUAAGGCGUUCAUGUUAGCACAUAAUGCGCUGCUUGCUUUGUUUUCUGCAUGGGUCUACUGCGGUGUUGUUUACUAUCAGUACGAUCAUUGGAAAUUGACAACAUCAGGACUGGAAGGCAGGUCUUCCGCCCAUGUGGUAGAGUUUCUAUGUCAACUAGACUCGAAGGACUAUCGAAUUCUCGCAAAGCCGCCCGCUGGCUCUGAAGAAAGAGUCAUUUAUAUGUACUGGAUCUUCUAUAUCAGCAAGUUUUACGAGGUUGUGGAUACUCUCAUCAUCCUCGCAAGAGGAAAGAAGAGCUCAACUUUGCAGACCUUUCACCAUGCGGGGGUUAUAAUUAUUGGAUGGACGGGACUAAGAUAUGAAUCUCCGAUGGCUCCUCCGGGUGCCAUGUUGAAUGCGAUGGUGCACACUUUGAUGUACUUCUAUUUCACUCUUCAAACGCUGCGAAUACCCGUCUCCAAAGGAUUCAAGCGUGCAUUGACGAGUAUUCAAAUUGCCCAAUUUAUUGUGGGUCUAGGCUUUGCUCACUUUUACCUUUUUGUGAGCUACAAAGCUCCAUUACUCACGGGCGCGCCUCAGGUGGCGAUGUCAUUCGAAGCAAAUGGUCAAGCAUCGAAUGCAUCUACCGGGGUAACUACAAUCCCAUGCUUGGGUAAUCAAGGCGAAGGUUUCCCUCUAGUCGUGGCAAGCUCCUACCUUUUGCCAUUGAUAUAUCUUUUUGUGGAAUUUUACAUAAAUUCGUAUACAGCGAAGGCCACGAAGACAACUAGGAUGCGGAGGUGA